UGCACAUUUUUUCUCGUUCUCUCUCACACACACACACACACACUAUGACUGAGUGGCAAUGGACCAGUCACACAAUGCAGUCCUUGUGCUGUAUACAAAAGGUCAGAUGAAUCAAAGCAUAUGAAUCACAGACAGCUUCUCUCUCAGGCUCCAGACGCACUUCUAAUACACAUCACAGCCAACAUCCUCCUCAUAUUCCUGGAUGUUACUAAGGAUAUUGACUCACAAUCCAUUUGACAACAUUAAGGACAAAUAUUUAGCCUUAAUUGUUUAUGAGAAAGAGCAGAGAUGUUUUUAUGAAAUUACGUCAUUUUACUUAAAGGGGCCAAGGGUAGGUUAUGAAUGGAAAUUAUUGAUCCUUUUAGAUAGAAAAUAUAUCACAUAUUUGUGUGUGUGCAUGUGUGUGUGUGUUAGAAAGAGUGAGAGAGAAACAGACAGUGUGUGAGUGUGUGAAUGGUAGUGACAGACAGUAGUGUCCGUAGGCGGCACUGGUGCUAAAAGAAAGACUUGAACAUUUCUGUGAGGACAGCCGGACCCUGGUCCAUAUUAUUUACACAUGUCAUCAUGACUAGUCCUCCAUCUAAAGUCAGAAACAUUCGAUUUCAAGUAUUCCUCAGCAACUACUCACAUUCCAUAUGAAGAGCAAGGUGAGUAAAAGGUUUAUGUGAUAUUAUCAGUUUCAGUGACUGCAGCUGUGUAAUCUUUAAGACAGUUUGAGUGAACUUGAAGUUUCAUGUAAAACUGAAGAUCAUGUGGACAAGUGAGUAAACAAAGCCAGGGAGCUUGUGAAAGUAACAUGCCCUCUCUGAAUCGGUCUCGUGUUCAGAUUCGGACAACCACGUGUGUCAUCCUAUUUCUGUUGACAAGUUUUGGAAUAUGCUCAGGAGGAUUUGGAAAUCCUGUAACAGAUGACGUGAGCAGAUUGUUGUUGUUAUUGAAAAACAACAUUCCAAAAGACUAUAAAAUUCCUAUAAAUCAUAUUCCUAAAAAUAUGAGUGGUGUGUGCUGGUUUCUGCUGAAUAUAUAUCCACUGGAACAAAGCCUUAGGGAACUGGCACAGGUGUUUGGUGCCAUUUCGUCCAACAAAGAUAAUAUUAUGCUCUUCAUCACCAUGCUGCAAAACCUGCGCUUCAAAUUUGAUCAUGAGGAGCUGGUAAUGCCUGAAGUGACAAUGCAAAUGUUUAAAUGUCACUACAGGGAGGUAAAAUGGCCGACAGGGCAGUAUUUUGACUAUGUCAGAGCCAUAUUGAAUUCUGCAGGAAAAGGAAAAGGAGGAUUCCGCUGUGCACCGCCCCCCUGCCCAGCUCCUUCCUCAGCACCAGGGAGUGAAGCACAAGACCACGAUCAGACUCGGUCAAGGGGUAGCCUGCUGUGCCUGCUUCUGAUACCAGUCACAGCCUGUGUGUUCCUCAUUGUAUGGGUGGUUAAAUCUAGAACAGGAGGCUCCCCAGAGAUGAACCAGCAAAUACUGUCCUCCGAUGUGGAGCGGGCCUCAACCAUCCCCAUACCACUGCAACAACUCACCAGUCCAUCUGAUGUACCUGUGACAGGGUCUGCCUGAUCGCCACGGAGGGAGCCAGUGAGGACCACCCGCCACUGGGCAGUGACCGGAAAGCUGCCCCACUGGACUGGCAUCAGUAUGAACUGGAGUUACUUGGACUUGUACCUCUCAUUCCACUCGCAUGAUAUCUGUGAAAGGCCAAAUCUUGGAAAGUAUGAUUUGGUGACUGAAAUUGGAGCUAAUAUCUCAGGGCUGCACUGUACCUCUAAAACGCAAAGGUAUCUCACUAACGGAUAGCGGCAAUAAGCGAUCACCACUGCAACUAAACUACAUGGACUACCAUUUCAAUAACACCGUACAUCGCAGGUUCCUACUUAGUCCACAAUCGAAAUAUGACGUAACACAAUGUCAGAGAGGUUCUCCACUGCGUCUGUCAGGAUUAUGGACUUUGUUGUUGCCUGAAGAUCUAUUGCUACUGUGUAGCCACACAGUAUGUGCUGAUACAUUUUGUGUCUAACCCAUCCUUUGAGUCAUAUUAUCAACAUGUGGGACUGCAGUGAGACUCCUAGUAGAGUGUGUAUGCAUGUGUGUAUGAGUGUGUGUGUGUGUGUUUGUGUGUGAGUAAGAUACCCUGCUCUGGAUGAUCUCAGUUAGGAGCAUAACAGAGGCUUGUUCUUGCCACAAAAGAAAAGAGCCGUAGGCUGGAGGAAAUACCAGUUCCAUGCUAACCGACAGACACAGAUCCUCAUGAAUCACAAACCGCAUGAUCCUCCAUCUCCAGACAGAAGGAAAUCAGGACUCUGGCAUCUCCUCUCACACUGCACCACAACACACAUCAGCAAGCCUUAGGAUAGAUUUCUAGCAUUACUUAAAAUAUGUCAUGGAUAUAUUUCUGUUUAACUCUAGUGGUCAAAACUGAAGAACCUAACCGGGGCAGGAUAACAGUAUGGUCCUGUUAAGUAAUACACUAGUAAUUUCUUGCAUUUACAGCCUGGACUGAAGUUUGUUAGUGUUGUUAAUGGAUAGUGUAGGAGCAUCUCUAGUUUUAUGUUGGGACCAGAUCAGAGGCUGUAAAUAAGAAUCUCCAGUCUAUACAUUCCUGUUGGUUUAUACUUUAGAAAGACUGUUUGUCCUGUGAGGAAAAUGUUCAGUGCGGAAGUCACAAUAUACUGUCCUCCGGACUAUAUAUUUAAACUGUUGGAUGAAUGAAAUGCUACAUAAAUAAAGAAAACAGUCAACAUACUAAAUUUUCUUCUUUAGCUUGACCUAUUUUUUCAACAAGUUCUAGUAACCAUCACAAAGAUGGCUGCUAGAACACUUUGUAGAAUUAUAACAAAGGAUCAUGAACAUGUAAUAAUUUCUACAGUAACUCUAUUACCUAAAUAGGCAUCCUGUGGAGGCUUGACUGUGUAAUUUAAAUCAACAGAUAUUUCCAUGUCUCAAUAUCUGCCUAUGUGUGGAUAUUGAACCAAUGUUAAAGACCAUUCAAAAUUAGAUAUUUCAUAACAUGUAUCUGCCAAGACAUGGCAAAACCCUGCAUUCUAGAACAUUUUGUGUCUCAAACGAUGCCGGGCACAACAAACAAAACCCAGAUGAUGUAAAUAAAGGUCUAAUCUACAAGAAACCGUAAGAAAACAUGCAUUAAUUUUACAUUAAGGUUGAAAAUUCUUUGUUAUUAAAAAGAAGCAGUCAUGCAAUGGUGAUAUCGUUUGACAACCCUUUUUUAUCUCAGCCAUUUAUCUUUUCCAGUUAGACUUGAAUGUUUUAGCCUGCAUGUAAAGGAAAACUUAAGUUUGAGAAUUUCUGCAAGUUUUUGUAAAAAAAAUAAAAAAAUCCAAAUGGACAUACCCUGUGUUAUGCUAUAUUUGCCCCUUCAGCACCUGCAGUAAGUCCCAGCUGUACCAGUAGUCACUGUGUAAUCUGACUGAGGGAGGUUU